CAGGGAGAGCGCAAGAAUUAUGCUGCUGUCUGCCGGAGCUGCUCUGCUGUGAAGACACAUUGAUUCGGGACAGAGGAAGAGCAGCAAUGUCUUCGCAAUUUACUGGGAGAGCUUAAUAUAAAGUCUCUUCUCUCUGCUUUCCCCCAGGCCAGCGUCAUGUGUUCUCCACUGCAGUGACUAAAUAUGGGCUUCCUCCGCUCCAAAUAUGGACAUCUACGUCACGGCAAGAGGGUAUAUAAGGAGCGGGGAAACCUCUCAGCUCAGAGAGAGCCCUGAGAGCCCACAAGAGCAACUGUUAGAGCAGAGAUAGAGAGACAAACACAUAGAAGUCCCUUUCCGAGACACAUCACAACAAACAAAAAGUCAGUUCAAAACAAAGAACAUCCAAGAAGGUCAAAACCUGAUUGGAUAAGCUAUUUAAUACAGAGAUUUUUAAAAAUCAAGAUUAAUCUGUUGAUUAAUUUUGAUGUAUCUUAGGGAAUGAGUAUAAAUGACACUUUUGAUUUUUUCUGAAAAGACAAGUGGAUCUUUACUCAUCUCUGAGAGAAAAAUCAACAGGACAUCUGGAGAACAAGAGAGACGGAGCAUCUUCCCUGGCAUCAGCAGAAGUGUGCAGCAGCGCUCCCUGAGCUGAGCUAAGUGAUUCCCUCCACCUGUGAGCAGCGCUCAGCCAGCGUGCGCCCAGCCUCUCUGUCCUCCACAGCAGCUUCCUGCACAGCCUCAGCCCUGCAGCUCCAGCACCAGCAGAGGAUGGCUGCAGCCAAGACCGAGAUGAUCCUUCCAACCCUGCAGGUCUCAGAGCCCCUGAGUUUCCCUCACUCCCCAAUGGAUAACUACCCCAAGCUGGAGGAGGUGAUGAUGCUCAGCUCUGCAGGGACCCCCUUCCUGACCGCCUCCGCACCUGAAGGUGCUGGCUUCGGCUCGGGGGAGCCAGGAGAUCAGUACGACCACCUUGCUGGAGGUAAGAACUGAUUUCUUCCCUCCGGUUCCCUAUGCUGUUUGUAAAGCUCAGCUAAAUGUGACAUUAAAUCUGCUGAACCACUAAAACCCACUAAAGAAAAAAAGAAAUUUAAAGAUGGACAGCCUUACAGUUUGAAUUAUUAUUAAUGCUUUGCAGUUUAUGUUUAUUUCACAAUUAUACAUUGUCAAAAAAGCACGGCUUGCACUUGAGUCAACAUUGUUCUUAGUCUGUAUUAGUUUAUUUUUCUUCUGACUUGUUGUGAGAAAUUCACCUAAAAGAAAAUUCAAAGACCACAAGAAAAUUAAAAUUUCAGCUGAGAUGAUUUUUUUUAAAUAUACAAAAAUAAAAACACAUUUUAAAAAUGAGUGAAAUUACAAACAACCGCCUCGAUACCAAUUCAGUGCUGGCUCUUAAUUCUGUCGGCUCUCUGAGGACUCAAACACUGCUCUGUCACUGCAUGCCUCAAGACACUCCUACAGCUCAAUUCAAAUUGCAUUCCUAAAACCAGCUGAACUGCAGUUUCGGUAAUCAAUUGCCUCGGGCUCUGUGAUGGGCUUCAAGAAUAAGUGUGUGAGUGUGUGUGAGUGUGUGUGAGUGUGAGUGAGUGAGACAGACAGAAUGAAAGAAAGAUCGAGUGUGAGCAGAGGAUAGUGCAUUUACAGAAAGCUUGUACAGCAACUUCAGUUGAGGUGUGGAAGAGACAGUUUCAGAGUUUUAAAGCAGAUGAGUUCGAAGUUUGCGUAUCGUUGUGUGUGUGUCUGUAUGUCUGUGUAUGUGUGUAUGUGUGUGUGCGUUUGGGGGUUGCCUGCAUGGGCGCCUGACGGAUCUGUCACAGCAGAGCGGGGUGACACACUGUCCACUGUGCUGGCAGGAUUCCCCCUCUCCCUCCUCUGGAUAUCGACAGUUUGAUUAAUGUCUCGCUCUCUCUCUCUCUGUGCUCUUUGCAGAUACGUUACCUGAUAUCCCCUUCAACUGCGAGAAGCCGCUCACAGAGCAGAGUUACUCCACACAGAGGCUACCCCCCAUCUCCUACACAGGCCGCUUCACCCUGGAGCCCGCCACCACCUGCAGUAACAGCCUUUGGGCGGAGCCCAUCCUGGGCUUGUUCACUGGUCUGAUGGGCAACAUUGCCCCCAGUUCAAACUCUUCCUCUGCGUCCUCACAGACCACCUCGUCCUCCUCUACAUCCGUCCCGUCCUCUUCCACUUCCGCUUCUUCUACCUCCUCCUCAUCUCAGAGCUCCAGCCUCAGCUCCUCCAUCCACCACAGCGAGCCCAACCCCAUCUACUCAGCUGCCCCCACCUACUCAAGCCCCAACUCUGACAUCUUCCCAGACCAGGGCCAAGCUUUCCCUGGCUCAGCUGGAGCAGUGCAGUACCCUCCUCCUGCCUACCCUAACGGCAAAACAUGCACCACAAGCUUCCCAGUGCCCAUGAUCCCAGACUACCUGUUUCCUCAGCAGCAGGGAGAGAUCAGCCUGGUGCCCCCUGACCAGAAGCCCUUCCAGAGUCAGUCCAGCCAGCCCUCCCUUACUCCUCUGUCCACCAUCAAGGCCUUCGCCACCCAGACUGGCUCCCAGGACAUUAAGAGUGUCUACCAGUCACAGUUGAUCAAACCCAGCCGAAUGCGCAAGUACCCCACCCGGCCCAGCAAGACCCCUCCUCACGAGAGGCCCUAUGCUUGUCCGGUUGAGACCUGUGACCGCCGCUUCUCACGCUCUGAUGAGCUGACUCGUCACAUUCGUAUCCAUACAGGCCAGAAACCCUUCCAGUGUCGUAUCUGCAUGCGCAACUUCAGCCGCAGUGACCACCUGACAACACACAUUCGCACUCACACUGGUGAGAAGCCAUUCGCCUGUGAGAUCUGCGGCCGCAAGUUUGCCCGCAGUGACGAGAGGAAAAGGCACACAAAGAUCCACCUCCGACAGAAGGACAAGAAAGCAGAAAAGGCGGGAGCGGUGGCAGUGACAGCAGCACCAGUAUCAGCCGCCUCACCUGCUUCCAGCUACCCCUCACCCAUCACCUCCUACCCGUCUCCUGUGUCCUCUUACCCCUCUCCCGUCACCUCCUGCUACUCCUCCCCUGUCCACACUUCCUAUCCGUCUCCUUCCGUGGCCACCACUUAUCCAUCAGUGUCCAUGUCCAGCACCUUUCAGUCCCAGGUCGCUUCCUCCUUCCCUUCCUCAGUUGCCUCCAAUAUCUACAGCUCCCCCAUCCCCACCCCGCUAUCAGACAUGCAGUCCACCCUCUCCCCAAGGACAAUUGAGAUCUGCUAAGGAAGAGAGGAGAGAAAAACUUUUUUUUUCAGUCUCUGCACCUCUCCUUCCUAAAGGUUCUUUGAGGGGAAAGAAAUCAGCAUCAAAAGACUUUGUUUUCCCCUCCAAAAAGCACUUUUCUGUCUGCUCCCUGUGCAGUGUUAGGUGAAUCUUGAGGUUUACCUGAAAGUGAGAGACACAUGUCAAGGACUGGGCAAAGACAAUAAAAGAUGAAAAGGGAUUUUUUUUUUCUGUCUUUGUUAAACAAAUGCAGCACUUCAAAUGCAUAAGGAACUCAACAGAUAGGGUAAAGAAACGGGCACCAACGGGUCUCUGCUAUGAGGUACACAAAGACAAAGAGACAAACAGAUUGGCAGCAGUCAUGGUGCCAAGGCACAUCCGCCCUCGCAGGCACUCACACAGUGCAAAAGACAUUGAAUGAUAUACAUAAGCUACCAUAUAUGUAUAUUGUACAUGUGCCAUGUUUCGUUUUUAUCAUUCUUUGGUACCAUUGAUGUGAAAAUGAUUUGCAUAUUUGCAUUGUAUUAUUUGAAGUGAGCAGGGCCAUAUUUUCUACAUACUUUCUCUAUUAUGUAGUGAUGAUGCUGUGAUAUGUUUUGACAUUGUUUGAAAAAAAAAGCACUUAAGUAUUCAAGCAUGAGUAAGAGUGAUGUUAUUUUCUGUUUGUAAAUAUCAUCCACUGGUACUAUCUCUUUCUCUCUUUCUCACAUGUGACAUAUCGCUCGGUUAUAUGAGAGAAGAACAGAUAGAAGAAAAAAAAAAAACGUUUAAAAAAUCUAAACACUCCCGUUAUUUGGUGCCUUUUGUGAAGCCUUGCUGGUGUUGUGACUCGGCUGUGAGCAGCUGCGAGAGGAUGCACUGCAUCUCGCCUUAAGGGUUGAGGGAAUAUUUUUGUUACAGAAUGUAAGUCAUACUCAGAGGGAGGAAAAAGGGACGAGCUGUGAGGGCACCGCUUCAUUUCAUUAGAAUGUAAGCAAAAAAAGGAGAAAAACUAUAAAGUAUAUUUUUGUAAAACUUAAGUGUAAAUAUCCACAUCUUCAAGAGCUGGAAUGUUGAAGUUACCUACUGAGUAGGCAUGGGAUUCUUUUGUAUGUUAUAUACAUGCAGUUCAUUAUUUUGUGGUUAUCUUUAUUUUGUAUUUGUGUUUGUUAAAACAAGUGACUGUUUCUGGCUUCUAAACACAUUGAAUGCGCUUAACUGCCAAUGGGAUAUUUGGUGUACAAGAUAUCCUCCCAGAAAUUAAAUAUAAAUAAAAAUAUAAAUAUAUAUGCA